CCCUUCGUGUGCGCAACCCUCCCCUUGCUCUUUCUCUACACUCUUCCCCUUUCCCUUUCUCUCCGCCGUUACUGGACGCCGUUAGCCCGGGUACUCCCCAUGUCUCUGCGGAAGCGGCACCGCGUCGGGAGCAGCGGCCGCCUCAGCUGCGCCGACGGAACCGUAACGGAGCAUCUCUUCCCUCCCCCUCCCCCUGUCCCGGGGGGCUUCAACGACCCCGCCACCGCCGACGUCCUCCUCCGCCUCCUCUUCGACCCCGAACCCGACUCCUUCUCCGGCGACGGCGGCGGCGGAGACUCGGCCCUGUCCCUCGACCUCCACCUCCACUCCGCCGCGCUCCGCCGCUCCCGCUACUUCGACGCCCUCCUCUCCGGCCGGUGGGCGGCGAGCCCCUCCGAUCACCUGACCUACAGAGUCUCCUCCUCCGCCGCCGCCGCCGCGGUGCGCCGGCGCCGGCGCCCCUUCGACGCUUACGUCGCCGUGCUCCGCCUCCUCCACACGCUCGACUUCUCCGGGGGCAUCCCCUCGGCGUCCGACGCGAUCGAGAUGCUCCGCGUGGCGCUCGAGCUCGUCUGCGACGAGUGCGCCCGCGCCUGCGUCCGCUUCCUCGAGGCCGUGCCCUGGACCGAGGAGGAGGAGGACGAGGUCCUCUCCAUCGCCCCCUUCCUCCCCUCCGACGACUCCCGCGACCUCCUCGCGCGCAUCUCCUCCCCGGCCGGCCAUCGCUGCAGCGCCGCGUCCGAGGACAUGCUCCGCGGCCUCAUCAGCUCGGCGAUCCACAGCCACCCCAGUGUCGCCACCAUUAAGGCCUUCGUCGCGAAGCUCCUGAGGGAGCACUCGUCCCGAGAUUCCGUCCGGAGGGUUCUGGACGGGGCGUUCCUGGCGAGCCUGGACACCGUGAAGGAGCUGAUGGGGAAGUACGCGAGCCCCGACCUGCGCGUGUCGGGCGACAACGACGAGAGGGAGGCGAUCCAGAGGCUGAACCUCCACGCCGCCGUGGUGAACACCAAGCACCUCUAUUGGCUCAUCGAGAGGAUGAUCGAGCUGCGGUUGGCCGACAGCUCCGUGCACGAGUGGGCCGACCAGGUCGCCCUCGCCGCCGACCUGCAGAAAACCCUCAGGGACGACGCCUGGAAGAACAUCGCCCCCGGACUGCCGUUGCUCGUCACUCGCUGCACCUUCCGCCUCGCCAAUGCCGUCGCCUCAGGAUCCACUUUGGCUCCCCGCCAGGUGAGGAUGAAGCUCGUCAAGAGCUGGCUGCCAGUGCUAAACGUUUGCCGCGACAUCAUACCCCCGAUUCCGAGCGGGCACAAAUCAGUGUUCCAAGAGUUGGAGGAAACGUUCCUCCAGAUCAUAUCCACUCUUCCUGUAUCGGAUGCCCAGGAGCUGCUGCAGCAGUGCCUGACCUUCUCCACCCGCAACAUCGACGAUUGCCAACACCUGAUCGCGGCAUUCAAGACCUGGUUCAGGAGAGCUGACCGCACGCCCCCCGGAACUUAACGACAGCAAAUGAAAUCGAGCUCACUGUGCAGGUUACUACACAAAUCUUUUUAUUUCUAGUAAGAGCUGUUAAAAGAUGAUGUGACUGUUAGUAUUGAAAUAUGUGGAUUUUCAUGUAUGAAAAAAAGGAGAGAGAGAGAGAGAGAGAGAGAGAAUGUGUGUAUAUGUUUUUCCUUUUUUAUGGUUUCGACUCCCUUCUGUUUUGGGACCUUUCUGUGUUUUCUGUAUAGAACAGUGUUGAUAUGAAUGUAGAUGUUCAAUGCACAGUUUGGCACCUGAAAUUUACAUUAGUGUUA